AUGUAUGCAGAGGCAACCACGCAAGUAAGAAGCACUGUUGGAACUACAGAGAAGUUCAAGGGGAAAGUUGGUCUCCACCAGAGUUCAGCCCUUGAUCCCUGCAUGUUUGAUAUUGUGAUGGAUGUUAAAACAUCGGAGGUUAGAGAAGAGGUGCCUUGGCGUACAAUGUUUGCUGAUGACAUUGUGGUGACUGAUCUAACAAGAGAAGGUGUCCAACUCAAGCUAGGAAGAUGGAGAGAACUUGAAAGUAGAGGCUUAAAAAUUAGCAGAACAAAGAAAGAAUAUAUGUGGACAGGUGGAGAGAAAUGGGAAACAUUGAAAUUGGGCCAAGGAGACAUAAAGAGAGUUACCUCUUUCAAAUAA